GAGGUACGCUUCACUUACACAGGUUCAGAGCUGCCAAGAGGACGUGCCCAGCUCAAUCAGGUUCAUUGUUCAACCAUCUGUGACCAAACAUCCAAUGGCAGCAAAUUUGAGAGACUGGAACAGCGGUCUCUGUGACUGCCUCGAGGAUGGAAGCUCUUGUUGCUAUGGCUUCUGGUGCUGUCCUUGCCUCGCCUGCACGGUUUCAGGAAAAUUCGGAGAGAACCGUUGCCUCCCCUUAUGCGACAUUUGCAGCCCUGCUAUCUUAUCCGCCUGCGGGAUACCUCUCUUUGUCCCCCCCGCCGCAGUGACUCUCCGGGCCUCCAUUCGGAGCAGAUACGGCAUCAAGGGCUCUCUCUGUAAGGACAUCGUAGCUUCCUGUUUCUGUAUGUGGUGCUCCUGGUGUCAGAUGCAUCGUGAGUUAAAACAAGUCAAAAAGAACAACGUGGUCAUCGUCAACGCACAGCCUGCACCUAUGGUGAUGGGACAACGCCCUGCUGCUGUGAACCAACAUGGGGUCAUCAUGACGUCAUACUGAGAUUUGCGGCCUCUCCUUGAAAAGUUCUGUCUUGUCACAGGUAUAGAUUAAUAAUCCA